GCUCAGCUUACCUGGUUUGUUCCCAGUCUUCCAGCCUUACUCUGCCGACCUUUUUCGCAGACUCAGGAUCAUCAAGGCAGCUUGCUGGCAAGCCAUGGAGCCGCAUAACCUGGAGGCGGCAUCGACUUACAUUAAUAAUGUGCUCCUUGCUCGGGGCUUGUUGAAGAGCGGCAGUCCCAUCGACUUUGCCCAGCCCGACAAUGACGAGGGCGGCGUCGCAACGACCAUGGGCAGGGUCAUCAACCUGGUGAAUGACCUGGUUCUGAGAAGAGAUCGCGAAGCAGAGCAUCGAGAGAAUCUGGCCAAUACAAUUCGAACGCUACGGGCAGAGGACUCGCAGAAGACCCUUGAGAUUGAGAAACUCCAGACCAAGGCAUCCGAAUUGACUCGAUCGCUGGCGCUGGCAGAGGCCCAGGAACGCUCGAUGAAGACCAACAUGGCUAGUACAGAUUCGACGAUUCGAGCGCUGAAAGAACAAGUGCAGCGCAUGAAGACCGUCACUCAGCAAGUCCGCGCGCAGUGUGCCAACGACAUCCGCAAACGAGACCUGGAGAUGCAGAAGUUGAAAUCGCACCUGGCCGAGCGACAGAGAGGCAAACGGGAGGGGCUCGGAGUCACGACCAUCAAUAUCAACCCCGCAGUCGAUCGCUCGUCCCGAAUGAAACUCUCGAAAGGUGGCGAGGGUGUCAACGACCCGGGAUACAGCCUGAAACAGGAGACGAACGAUUUUCUUACGGAGCUAUUGCAGAACUUGAGUGACGAGAAUGACGCUUUGAUCAUGCUGGCGCGGAACACCGUUCAGACCCUGAAGGAUCUUCAAGGGCUGCCGCAUGCCGAGGAGGACGACGAGGGUGCGAUCGGGUCUGCCAGCGUGGGCACCCACAAAUCCUCGCAGGGUCCGGUCACUACUCUGCCUUCAUCUUGCGAAGACCUGUCCGACCAGAUGGACCGCGUCUUGGAGCACCUGAGAACGUUGCUUACGAAUCCGUCCUUCGUUCCCUUGGAGGAGGUCGAAAUGCGCGACGAGGAGAUUGUCAGGCUCCGAGAAGGCUGGGAGAAGAUGGAAGCCCGAUGGAGACAGGCCGUUACGAUGAUGGAUGGCUGGCACACACGGAUUGCCGACGGCGGCGGCUCGGUGGAUGCGGAAGAGCUACGACAGGGAAUGAAACUCGAUCUCAGCGUGGAUUCCUCGAGGGCGAGAGCCGAUAGCAGCAUGCAGUCGCCGAUCUUCGAAGACCAGGAGGCUGAGGAAGAGGAAGAGGCUGCAGACCAGGUCGUAGCGGUGACCCACGCCAACGAGAAACAACCUACGCGCGAGGAGAAGCCACAGAAGAGUUCCAACCGGGCACUGAAAGAACGAAGCGACAACAUCAGACCUGCGCGACCAUCCCGGAAAGUCUCCUUCACGCCUGGACUGCAGGGAUCUCCAUGCGAGCCUGCUCCGCGCGAGGAGGACGAGACUGUGCAAGUCAGAGCCCAUCGAUCGGAGGCCGUGACACGCAGGUCGUCCCGACGGAGACCAGAAUCCCAGACGACAGCCCGUCAGGAGGCAAAUCGCCCGAGCCGAUCCCCGCAGAAGCAAGGAGAUUCCUCUCUGACACGCAAGGAGCAGCACGCAUCUGAUUCCUCCACUCGACUCAGCGUGCCGCAAAAGCUGGCGGCCGUCGAGAGUGAAGCGCGAGCAGCCGAGCAAGCGCGUAAGGAGAGCGAAAGCCGCAAGCGAACUCGCGGAGGCAAGAGUUCGACGAAGGCCAGCAGCGAUCGACGCCGCAGCACGCUGACCAGCGACGAGCUGGGGGAGCUGAUGGGGAUGCCGUCGCGGUGAUCUCUUCGACUCGUGAAAUACCGAUUGUUCAGGAUAUGACUUUGCUUGAUACCCCUUCUUGAAACCGUCAUGUGUGUAUAUACCGUACUUCCUGUUGCUUGCAUAUUCGACGACGAGCUAUCAUGACCUGGCGCCUGUGAAUAAUUUUUGCCUUGACAUUGGGAUCGCAUGUAUGAUUAAUAUUAAUACGCUCGCUGAGCUUUGAUUUUGCAUUCGGCAUUUCG